AUGAACUACAUUCCAGACAGUAUGAUUCCUGCUGACCGAAAGGAUCUAUGUUCCGGUACUCUGUCAAAGAAGCCAGCCUUUGGUAGAACCCGUGGGCUAGAAGAGCAACCAAUGAAAUCCGACCGAUCCCUUGUCUCUAAGUUGACCUUCGCCUUCGCCUCAAAGAAUUCACUGGACUCAACAGAAACCUUACUAACUCAUAUGGGAGAAGACACAUCGGAUGUUUCGUUUUUGGAAGAAGAGGAAUUCGACUUACGCACUGCGAUCGGGCAGCCUAAUGCGGGCGAACCGGCUACACGGAGGAAACAGGCCAAAUUCUGGAGGAAAAAAACCCAGCUACACUUGGCACAAUACGGAACAAAAAGCAGGAAACUGGCAAUUAGUUUCAUGAAUCUUGGUCUGGCAGAGUUUGAGAGAGGAAACGCAGACGCCGCAGUCAAUGCUCUGGCCACAUCCGCUAGUAUUUUUCAAAAUCUUGCCACGGAUACUCGUCUGGGCUACGCCAUGAGCCUGCAUUUUAUCUCUCUUGCCGGCCUGGCUUGCGGCAAAAUCAGCAUUGCCAAAGAUGCGAUUGAAGAGUGCUACAAAAUCAGACUCGUAGAGCUAGGGCCCCUUCAUAUUGACACUAUUGAUUCAUACUGCCAAAUUGGGUACAUCUACAUCUAUACACGGCAAUUCACUCUUGCGAUGUCAACGUUAUCUGAAGGUUUCAAAGUUAUGCGAGCGGUCUUUGACGACAGUAAUGAGAAGAUUGUCGACAUCGCGACAGAAAUCGGCACGCUCUGCGUACAGCUGGGCGAAAAACCUCGCGCCCAAUGGUACUUCAACUUCGCUUUGCGGUCAUGUCAUUCAUUGCACUUGUGGCAGAAAGCAGCCAGCCUCGAAGAGCAACUCUAUAAAUAUGGGUUGAGCGAGACGAGAGUGGAUCUUUAG